GGAAACCCUCUUUGAUCCCCAGCUCCCGUGGCGGCUACUUUCCCUUCUCCCCUUCACCUUUCUCUCACCUAGGGUUUUAUCCAUCUCCACUCUCGUACCCUAGGAUCAGAGUUAGGGUUAGGGUUAGGGUCAGGGUCAGGGUUAGGGCUUAGUUUAGGGCUUUGGAUCCUCGUCGGAGCUCCCAGUAGAUCCCGCUUCUCCUCCGUUCGCCUCCGGAUCUGCUACAUGGCGGCCGUAGCUUCCGCAGCUCCCGCAGUUGAUAAAGCUACAGGCUUAUUGCAAAAUCUUUCGUUGGGUUCUGAGACCAAAACACAUGAUGUUGCGGAAGUUAACAAAAAGCCUGCUUCAAUUGAAAAUGGGCCUGCGAAUGGUGGGGGAGAAGCAGCGAUUGGGGGGAUGCCGAAGGAGAGAUCGUUGACGCCUGUACUCCCAGAUAUUAUUGAUUAUAACAUGUGUUAUGUACCUAAUGGAUAUCCCUCUCCAGCUUAUUAUUAUGGAGGUUAUGAUGGUUCUACAAAUGAGUGGGAUGAGUACUCCAAAUACAUCAGUCGCGAUGGAAUGGAGAUGCUGCCGGGAAUGUAUGGAGACAUGUACCACCAUGGAUAUGGUUACGCUCCUUAUGGUGCUUACCCUUCCCCUGCCUCCCCAGUUCCUACAGUCGGGCACGAUGGUCAAAUUUAUGGGCCACAUCCUUAUCAGUAUCCAGCUCCAUUUUACCAGACACCAACGGUGACCAAUGCAUCAAAAGUGCCAAAUCAGACAUCUACUACUCAAACUGAGGUAUCUACUUCUCCUGCUUCCGAUAAGCCGGUUGCGCCUAUUGACACGGCGAAAACAGGUUGCAAUGGAAUUGUGAAUGGGAUUGCAAACAGGAAGAGUGGCUCAGCGCCUUUUAAAAAGAGCCAGCAAUAUGUACCUCUGACAUCCAAUGGAUCAUAUGUUAAAGGAGCUUUGCCAGGUGGGCUUCCUGCCAUGCCAUUCUUUGACGGGCCUGUUUACUCUAAUGGGCAGCAUCGACCGAGUACUCCGACCUCAAUGCCUUAUGUCUUGAAAAAUGCUAAUACUCCUUUGGCUAGGAAUCAGAGCCAGCGCCCAUUACCUCAUUUGACGGGUAUGCAUGCUUCUGGGCCCACUCCUGGGAUGGGACCAAUAGCCCCUGGCUUCGUAAAUAGGUUUUAUCCAAGCAGCCGAUUGUACAAUCCGUAUGGCAAUUCACUUAAAACUGGCUUUGGCUUUGCACCUAAUGGUUUCUAUUCGAGAACGAAUGGUUGUGAAGGGCUUAAUGGAAACAGCAAAUACAAGCCGAGGAGCCAAGGCAAUCUACUCUAUGGUUUAGGUUAUGAGAGCCAAGAUGGAUUUUGUGAACUCAAGAGAGGACCAAGAGGCAAUGGUUUCUUCAAAAAUCAGAAGCCGUUUGGGCCUCUUGCCACAGCUGCUGUGAAGGGAUUGAAGCUCUCUUCAACAGGGAAAGAGGAUUCUAGCGACAUUGUUCCAAAUAAGGAGCAAUUCAACCGAGAGGACUUUGCUGUGAAGUACUCAGAUGCAAAAUUUUUUAUAAUCAAGUCAUACAGCGAGGAUGAUGUUCACAAGAGCAUCAAAUACAAUGUAUGGACGAGCACCCCUAAUGGAAACAAGAAGCUGGAUGCUGCUUAUCAAGAAGCUCAGGCUAGAACCGGUGGAUGCCCUAUUUUUCUCUUUUUUUCUGUUAACACCAGUGGGCAGUUUGUUGGAGUUGCUGAAAUGGUGGGUCUGGUUGAUUUUAACAAGACUGUCGAUUACUGGCAGCAAGACAAGUGGCAUGGUUGCUUCUCCGUGAAGUGGCAUGUUGUUAAAGAUGUGCCCAACAGCAUUUUAAAGCACAUCACUCUAGAGAACAAUGAGAAUAAGCCGGUGACAAAUAGUCGAGAUACACAGGAGGUAAGGCUCGAGCAAGGCCUCGAAAUGCUCAAGAUUUUCAAGGACCAUGUGAUCAAGACUUCUAUUUUGGAUGAUUUUGAGUUCUAUGAGAACCGCCAAAAGUUGAUGCAAGAAAGGAGAGGAAAGCUGCAGCUGAUGAAGAAACCUUUGGGCCCUGCUCCAAUAUUGAACAUAGAAACGGUACGCAAUGGUGGGCUUGGGGAGGAGAAGCUUCUCCAGGAAAAUGGUGUGGCUUCAGCUAUUGCCGAUGCUUCAGAGGCUGCAGAACCAUUGAAAGAAAAUCGUGCUGUUGCGAAUGGGGUGGCCAAUGGCUGUUAGUUUGAUGGAUUCCUCGUCUAUUAUCGGCAGCUGUUUGGAUAGUUUGGUGGCGAUUUAGCGACGAUUUUUAUCUGGCUACAAUUUUUAAGUAGAAGAUGUAUACAAAGGUACAGCAGAAAUCCAGGUUGUGAAAGCUGUAGAGGGUGUUGUUACAUGUGGAGCUGUGAGUUGGGGAAAAUAAAAAGCUCUUCCGUAAUCUUUGGAGCGUGGAGAUUCCAUUUAAAUACGGAGUUGGGUGUGUUUUGCUGCUUUCAAGUGUGUUCUAGAAUUAAGCUGGUUUGGUUAUAUUGUAGUUCCAUACUAAGUAGUGUGGGUUUUCAAUACCUCUCUAACUUCUGUUUGGGUUAGCUCUCUUCUUUUUUUGGGUUUUUUUUGCCUUUUCUUCUCAUGUUGUCUGUGAGCCUUUUCUUCUCCUGUAAAUCUAUCGUUGUAUCUCAGAUUGGGAAGCAUAUAGGAUUUUGCUCUAAGGGAGUUGAAAAGAUCAGCAAGUAUUUUUUUUU